CGCGCCCGAGCGCAAUGGCGGCCGCCGGGGCCGAACUAGGUUCUGACCCCUCCGGCGGCGCCCGGUUCUUCUGCACGGCGGGCCGCGGCCUGGAGCCGUUCUUGAUGCGGGAGGUGCAGGCACGGCUGGAGGCCACUCAGGUUGAAUACAUUUCAGGAAAAGUGUUUUUCACCACCCGUUCAGAUUUGACCUCAAUGAAGAAGUUGAAGUCAGCAGAAAGACUGUUUUUGUUGAUUAGGAAGCAGCUUCCAAUUGCAGUUCCUUCUCUGAGCAAAGGAAAAAUACUUACUGAGCUGCAGAGACUUAUAAAUGAGGAUCCAGGAAGUUGGCUGAAGGCCAUUUCGCUUUGGAGAAAACUUCUUGAACGUGAUAAAAAAGGAGAAAACGUAUCUCAAAGGGAUGUUAAUGCACUGAAGCGGAAAAUGGGAGGAAAUGAGAUUGUCAUUGCCAAGAAAUUAAAACUAGAGGAGAAGCAGAUGGUUGAAGAGAGCCGUGGGGAAGGCCAGCGCGACAGACUUCCCGAAGACUUGCUGGAGCAAGGGGAUGCAAAAACUGACCAGCUUCAAGACCAUGGACUCCAGAAUGACGUGGUGAAGGCAGCUGACACUCAGAACCAGGACUUGACCUUCAGGGUUUCCUGUCGCUGCAGCGGGAAGAUCGGAAAACCUGUCACUUUUCAGGAGGCAGGAAGAGUGGUUGGAAUUACUCUCAUGAGGAAGUUUGGAUGGAAAGCCAAUUUAAGGAAUCCACAUUUAGAGAUUUUCAUGCAUCUGAGUGACGCUUACUCCGUGCUGGGGAUUCCACUGUUCAGGUAACCAUUCCCCUUAGCCAACAGAACUUACAUCCAGACAGCUGGGCUGCGGUCGACCAUAGCAUGGGCCAUGGCAUCUAUUGCUGAAAUUAAGGCUGGAGCUCUGGUUCUGGAUCCAAUGUGUGGCCUGGGGACCAUACUUGUGGAAGCUGCUAAAGAGUGGCCAGAUGUGUAUUACAUGGGUGCUGAUGUCAGCGACUCGCAGUUACUUGGUGCAUGUGACAAUGUCAAGGCCGCAGGCCUUGCGGACAAGAUUGACUUACUUAAAGUCUCUGUCACAGAGUUACCAUUGCCGUCACAAAGUGUUGAUGUGAUUAUUUCUGACAUUCCAUUUGGGAAAAAAUUCAAGUUAGGAAAAGACAUCAAAAGCAUUCUACAAGAAAUGGAAAGAGUGCUGUGUGUUGGUGGAGCCAUGGUCUUGCUGCUCAGUGAGGAUCACCACAGGUACCUUAGAGACUGUGGAGGCAACGGCAUCCCUCUAACGUCCCAAGACAACAUCGCUGACCCUGAGAUGAAUCCUGACAAAAGAACAGGUACAUCAGGCACAGCAUCGCCUUCAUGUGAAACCAGUGGCCCCCAGUGCCCAAGCAGAGCGCUGCCCUGUGGCUCACUGGUGCCAGUGGAGUGCUUCAAAGUUAGCCUUGGUAAAACAGAUGCAUUCAUAUGUAAAUAUGAGAAGGUGCAUGCUUCUGCACUGUCACUAGCUGGACACCAUGAGCCGGGAGCACAUCAUCAGAUGGCAGCCCUUCAGGAAUCCCCCCAUCUCCAGGGUUCCUCAGAGCCCCAGAGCCCAGGUGCACGGCCUCUGCAAAUGGGUGCAGCUAAGGAGCAGCCUUGUUGAGUAAGGCUUCCUGCUCUCCAGGGCUCAGUGUUCAUGACAAAGAGCACUUGGUGAAGACUUUGAAGAUUCUGUCUAAAAACUGCUUCAUGCCAGAAAUCAAACCUUUAGAAAUGAGAAACCUUUUAUGUGUAACUUUUUUUACAUAUUAAACUU